GAAGUUCUGCGCCUUUAGAAGAGAGUGAUGGUUAAGAAAGAGAACAAAAAUGGAAGACCCAACUCAGAAGCCAGAGUAGAGCUUAUAUAAACAGACUCUCUCUCUCUACUUGCUCAUCCUCUACAUUUCUUCUCUUCUGUUUCUUUCUCUUCCUCUGCUCCGACAUUUUUUCAAGCGCUUGUGUGUGUGUCACACACAAUUUCGAAUUGCAUUUCAAAACAUUUUUGGGUAGAAGAAGAGAAAACACAGCAUUUAAGAAGCCUUUUGUGAAAUGCUAUUUUAAUUCUUGGGGUUAUAUGUACUAUACUCUGUUUUUCAAUUUUAUCGGUUUAACAGAUUAACGUUUGAAAAGGGUGUUUUGAACCAUCUUGUGGGUCUCUGUAAUUUAGUAGAGGUUUGAGCCAGUGACUGACAUUCCAACUCUACCACCAUUGUUUUGCGUAACCCAGAAGCAAAAUCUCAAGAAAAAGUUAAAUAUUGUUGCUCUUUAACCAAAAAGCGACCUAUAUAUACAUACAGAUCUAUAGAUUUUUUAGUAUAGAAACUCUUGUUUCAUUGCCUCUCCUCUGUUUUACUCUGUUUUUCAACUACAAAGUUCACAUAAAUGGAGAAACUUUCGUCGGUGAAGCUUCUACCGGAUUCGUUUAUGGGUUCUCGAGACGACAUUACAGAUCAGAUUAUGUUGAUUUGGGGUCAGAUCAAAGCGCCAUUGAUAGUCCCUCUUCUUCGGCUCACCGUCAUGUUGUGCUUAAUAAUGUCUGUGAUGUUGUUCAUUGAGAGGGUGUAUAUGAGCAUUGUGAUCAUUCUUGUGAAGCUGUUUGGUAGAAAACCAGAGAAUCGUUACAAAUGGGAGCCCAUAAAAGACGACAUUGAAUUGGGCAAUUCAGCUUACCCUAUGGUUCUCGUUCAAAUCCCAAUGUACAAUGAAAAAGAGGUGUAUCAGCUCUCAAUUGGUGCUGCAUGUGGCCUUUCCUGGCCCUCUGAUCGAAUCAUAAUCCAAGUCCUUGACGAUUCAACAGACCCCAUAAUUAAGGAUAUGGUGGAAUUGGAGUGCCAGAGAUGGGCAAGCAAAGGGAUUAACAUAAAGUAUGAAAUUAGAGACAACCGAAAUGGGUACAAAGCAGGGGCUUUGAAGGAGGGCAUGAAACGUGAGUACGUGAAACAGUGCGACUAUGUGGCUAUUUUCGACGCAGAUUUUCAACCCGAACCCGACUUCCUCUGGCGGACCAUCCCUUUUCUUGUCCACAACCCUGAAAUCGGACUCGUUCAAGCUCGUUGGAAGUUCGUGAACGCGGAUGAAUGUUUGAUGACAAGAAUGCAAGAGAUGUCAUUGGAUUACCAUUUCACGGUGGAGCAAGAAGUGGGCUCCUCAACUUACGCCUUCUUUGGCUUUAAUGGGACUGCUGGUGUUUGGAGAAUUGGUGCACUUAAUGAGGCUGGAGGAUGGAAGGACAGGACAACGGUUGAAGAUAUGGAUUUGGCAGUAAGAGCUAGUCUCAAAGGCUGGAAAUUCUUAUACCUUGGUUCUCUCAAGGUGAAAAAUGAGUUGCCAAGUACAUUCAAAGCCUACCGCUACCAACAGCAUCGUUGGUCUUGUGGUCCUGCCAAUCUUUUCAGGAAAAUGGUAAUGGAGAUAAUAAGAAAUAAGAAAGUAUCUCUGUGGAAGAAGGUGCAUGUAAUUUACAGCUUCUUCUUCGUUAGGAAGAUCGUAGCUCAUGUUGUCACAUUUGUCUUUUACUGUGUCGUACUACCGACAACUGUAUUGGUACCCGAGGUAGAAGUUCCAAAAUUUGGAGCAGUUUAUAUCCCGUCCAUCAUUACUCUCCUCAAUGCUGUUGGAACUCCAAGGUCAUUCCACUUAAUGGUUUUCUGGAUCCUUUUUGAGAACGUGAUGUCACUGCACCGGACUAAGGCUACCUUCAUCGGUAUACUGGAGGCAGGGAGAGUGAACGAAUGGGUUGUCACCGAGAAACUUGGAGAUGCUCUCAAAACAAAAGGAGCCAAGAAGGCGCCUAAGAGACCUCGAUUCAGGAUUGGAGAAAGACUUCAUUUGUUAGAGCUCAGCACCGGGGCUUAUCUCUUCUUCUGCGGCUGCUAUGACAUUGCCUUCGGAAAAAACUACUACUUCUUCUACCUCUUUAUUCAAGCAAUCGCCUUCUUCAUUAUGGGGUUUGGUUAUGUUGGCACCUUUGUCCCCAGCUCUUAGUGCUGCUGUAGUUCUUGGCAUUUGUCCCCUGUGCUACUGUCUCUCCUCAUUAGCACUUUGUAUAAGGGGUCUUGAGCAAAUUUUUUUUUUUUUUCUUUUUCUUUUUUCAAUAUUACAAAUUUAUCUUGUAAAAAAGCAAAGAUGGUUUGCUCUUUUAGGUUUAGCAUAAGAAUUCAAGUCACUGACUUGAAAGAAUUUGUUGUCGUUGUGUAUAUGUAUUAUGAAAUUGUUUCAUACAGAGAAGACAUGGAGAAACAUGAACCAAGAGGCAAGGGCAGAGCAUAAGUUUUGACCCAAGUGGAUAGAAUAAACAUCUUUAAAUGGAUUGUUUGUAAUUCUGAGUAUUUGUAGCCAAAAAAAAGGACAAGAAAAGGGUUACAAUUUUUUAUUUUUUACCAAGAAGUUACAAGUUUAAUCAUGUCCAAUUGUGAGGUGCAAUCUUAUUUCUUCUCAUUUUGUA